AUGGGCGGCAAGGUCAUUGAAAUCACUACUCCUGAGGAGUGGGACGAGCUUGUCAAGAACUCCACUGACAACAUUGUCGUUGACUUCCACGCUACCUGGUGCGGUCCCUGCAAGGCCAUUGCUCCCGCUAUUGAGAAGGCCAGCGAGGAGGAGGCGAACGAGAACGUCAAGUUCUACAAGGUCGACGUCGACCAGCUCGCCGGGGUCGCUGCCGACAACGGCAUCUCCGCCAUGCCCACCUUCCUCUUCUUCAAGAACGGCGAGAAGGUCGAGACCGUCCGUGGCGCCAACCCCCCAGCCAUCCAGGCUGGCAUUCAGCUGGUUGCUGCCUAG